GUACAGCGACGUCGGUGGCACAGACCACCCUCUUUCUCGCCUCAACUUUAGCCAAAGCAGAUUGCCUCAUCUGCUGCUGUUUCAGGGAUUUUUUUUUACUGUUCUGUUUGCCUGUAGGAGAACUUGAACCAGCGAAGAAGCGAGUGAGCCUCUUUACAGUUGAUGUCCUUUCGGGUUUGAGUCGCUGUUUAACGUGUAUUUUUCGACAAUCUGGAGGCUGCAACAGUGCACCCCCUGCACUGACAGACCGCGGGAAAAUGUCGUUACUUCCUGUGCAAUGAAGUCUUGGCGCGACAUUACGGUUGUAAACAACGGGAGGACACACAGCGAGUAGGUAUUCCUUAAAGAAAUUGAGGCUCGGAGACAUCUGAAAGCAUGGAGAACAUUGACUUCAGUGUUGCUUCUGGUUUAUUGGUACCUGAUGCCAGUGAAGAUUCUGUGGAUAUCUAUGAUGGCCUGGAUAUUGGUCCUAGCAGCAAAAGUCCAGACAAGUCACCUCGAAAUGGUUCUCAACUAAGAGAGUCGAUGGAUCUAUAUGAAGAAAUUGUGGCAGAAGAACAACAGAGCAGAGAGUCGUCUUACAAUGAGUUAAAGUCGAGAUUCCAAGCAGCUCAAGACCAAAUUAAAGAGUUGCACAGGAGACUGCAGCAGUUGGAAGUACAGAACACCGGGUUGAGCACGGAGAACCACUGUCUCAAAAAGAACAUCUCUGCACUUUUACGAACAGCUAGACAAGAGGUGACACGAAAAGAUGCUGAGAUUCAAAGGCUCAAUCAAUGGUCUGAGAAAGGUCGCCAUCAUCAUCAGUCUCACCUGAACAAUGUGAGGUAUCCAAAUUCCUCCAGUCGUACCUCCACAAAUAGGCCACCUCCUCCACCGUCGCAUAAUCUGCUGCCAGCACCACCUCAUCCUCCUCCACCACCACCACCACCACCACCACCACCACCACCACCAGCCAGUCCUCCUCUCCCUCCUCUUCCAUCCCAACCAACAUCACCUCCCAGGGGGACCAGCCUCCAAAGGGUCCACCUCAACCCCCAAAGGAUCCACCUCAACCCCCAAAGGAUCCACCUCAACCCCCCAGGAAAGCAAGUGAUCGUUUGACCAGAUCUUCUAAAGCUUCGUCUCAUAGUCACUCAAAAAGAGAUGGUGAAAUAGUUGACAAACACACUGAGCCAGACAAACUAAGGUCCAGACACAGAGACGAAAAACAUCAAAGUCAAAAGC